GUGUAAGGCGCAUAGUACGAAUAAUAUGAAGCUGGCGUUUGUUACUGGGUCAAAUAGAGGCGUUGGAUAUGGCAUCAUAAGAAGGCUUGCGAAAUUUUAUGGUGCUUCCGGAGAUUGGACUAUUUGUCUUACUGCUCGUAAUGUUGAGCGCGGUCAAGAGGCUGUUGAAAAACUCAGUAGUGAGGGUCUUUCAGUGAAAUUUCAUCAGUUGGACAUUACGGAUCCUGAAAGUAGAGAAAACUUUCUGACAUUUGUACGAAAACAUCAUCCUAUGGGAAUCAACAUAGCUGUAAACAAUGCAGGAAUUGCUUACAAGGUUGAUUCUGCUGUUCCUUUCGGAGAACAAGCAAAAGCUACAGUUCAUACUAAUUUUUCGUCCACUAUCGAUUUCACGGAAGAGUUCAUCCCUUUAUUAGCCAACAAUGCUAGAGUAGUUAGCAUCACUGGUAGUAUUUUUCUGGCUUUUCUGAAAAAGAUGAACAAAGAGUUAAAUCGAAAGAUUACCGGCCCCAUGAACAUUAAUGAACUAAGAGCAUUUAUGUCCGAGUUUGUGAAAUGUGCUGAGGAUGGUACUUAUUCUGAUAAAGGUUGGCCGCCAAAUGCGUAUGCUGUUUCAAAACUGGGUCUCACUAAGGCAUCAGAGAUCUUUGGUGAAAUGCUGAAAAAUGAUACUAGGCAUAUCAUAUUUAAUUCGGAUUUAGAUGUAACAUUCGUUGCCUUUCAUUGUGAUAAUUUUAGUGUUGUCCUGGAUUUCUUAACACUGAAUUGACCAGUCAUAAGGGAACAAAAACGAUUGAUGAAGGUUCUGACACUCCGUUUUACCUGGCAACUUUACCACCUGAGGCACAAAAACCAAUCAAUCAGUUUGUGUAUGAUCGAAGAGUAAUUGCUUGGUGCAAAUAAAUUCAAUGACAAUGAAUGCUAGUUAAAGCCUUGCUAAUCAAUGUAGACAGUAGCUUACUGUUUUAUGCGAUCUUAUUAACUUCACUUUGUGUAUUGUUUUACAGUCGGAUACUAAUCAAUUAAAACAUAGUAUUCCGAAGUAAUCAAUGUGAGAAAUCAGUUUCUGUUUCGUUAUUAGCAUUAUAGUUGGAAUAUCCUUUUCUGAAAUUAUGAUAUACAGAAUAUAUGAUGCAUUUAUGUUUAUUUGUUUUCGAGUGGUCAAUAAAUGUGUUAGUUUUGCAAAA